AUGCCCCAGUCCACAAUUUUCCCUCAGGACUCUGGACCUUCAGCUCUGGACUUCAGGAGGAAAGUCCAGACUCUGCUCCGGAUCUCUUCCCGGACUCUGGACCAGAUCCAAGUCCCGUUCUGGAUCAGCAGCGGCACCUGUCUGGGAUGGCUGCGACAGUGCGGUGUCAUCUCCUACAGCAGAGACGUUGACAUCGGGAUCCGGAUCCAGGACUACAGACCAGAGAUCCUCCAGGUCCUGACUGGAGCUGGGCUGAGGCUCAAGCACCGCUUUGGAAAGGUGGAGGACAGUCUGGAGCUGUCUUUUCUUCUGGAUGACGUCAAACUAGACAUUUUCUUCUUCUACAACGACGGAGACGUGGCGUGGAACGGAGGGACUCAGGCGCGAACAGGACGCAAGUUCAAGUGA